AUGGGCGACCGAAAUCAAGAUGGCGGAACACGCGUAUACGUUGGCGGUCUGGACGAAAAAAUAAAAAAGGAAGACAUCGAAGGCGAGUUUGAGAAGUUUGGUAAGCUCAACUCAGUCUGGGUGGCGUUCAACCCUCCAGGUUUCGCGUUUGUUGAGUUCACUGAACUAGCUGAUGCCGAAACGGCUUGCGACAAUUUAAACGGCACGGACUUCCUUGGAUCCAAACUCAGAGUGGAAAUUGCUAGGGGAAGAUCCAGAAGUAGAGGUGCUCCCAGAGGACGCGGAGGUUUUCGAGGUGGUAGAGAUUUUGGAGGACCACCCAGAGACAGGUACAAUAACUUUGGUGGAGGGGGAAGAGAUAGGGGAUUUGGGGGCAGUAGGGAUUAUGGCAGGAGCGACUCCUUUGGGAGGGAGAAUGGAAGAGGGGGUGGUGGAUUUAGAGGAGGUCCUAGAGGAGGCGGCAGGCGAUUUGAGGAUCGGUUCAGGUCAAGGUCACCUAAUAAUGGUUCAGGAAGACAUUAUUGA